CCGCACCGCGCCCCCUCCCCGCCCGAGCGCUCCGCCCCGCGCCCCCUCCGCACCGCGCUCCGCCCCGCCGUACAUAAACGCCGGCACCGCCGCCGGUCCCCCUCCGCCGCCAUGAGCUACAGCGCGGAGCCCUCGGCGCUGGCCGCCUCCUAUCGCCACCUCUUCGCGGAGGCCCCGCGGCGCCCGGAGAUGCUGGCGGGCCGGUGGGUGCGCCCGGGCGCGGAGCCGGAGGCGGUGCGGGAGCGCGGCGCGGAGCCGCGGCGGGCGCGGGGCAGCGAGAAGGAGCAGCUGCAGGGCCUCAACGAGCGCUUCUCCGGGUACAUUGAGCGGGUGCGGGCGCUGGAGGAGCGGAACCGCGCGCUGGCGGCGGAGCUGGCGGCGCUGCGGCAGCGCUCGGACGAGCCGCGCCGGCUGGGGCAGCUGCUGGGCGGGGAGCUGCGCGCCCUGCCAGGCAGCAACCUGCAGGCGGCCGAGGACUGGUACCGCGCCCGCUGCGCCCGCCUGCACGAGCGGGCGGCCCGCAGCCAGGAGGCCGUGCGCGCCAGCCGCCGCGAGGCCGGCGAGUGCCGCCGCCAGCUCCAGGCGCGCCUGGUGGAGAUGGAGAGCCUGCGCGGCGCUCACCAGUCCCUGGAGAGGCAGCUGCAGGAGCUGGAGGAGCGGCACAACGCCGAGGCCGCCGGCCUGCAGGACACCAUUGGACAGCUGGAGGAUGACCUGCGGAACACCAAAAAUGAGAUGGCUCGGCACCUGAGGGAGUACCAAGACCUGCUCAAUGUCAAGAUGGCCCUUGAUAUUGAGAUAGCUGCCUACAGGAAGCUGCUGGAGGGAGAGGAGACCCUCUUCAACAUGGGAAGUGGCGGCCUUCCAUCUCUCAAUUCCCUCCCCAGCCCCACUUAUUCCUUCCAGCCAAGGAGCUUUAGUUCCUCUACUCUGUCCUUCAAAGAGGAGGAGCAAGGAGAGGUUAUUAAAGUGACCUCUAAAAUAUCAUCCAGCAGGGCUGAGGUGAUUGAGGGGACCAUAACCUCUGUCAAGAAAAGAGGGAGGUUAAACCUGCAUGGAGGAAUCCUUGCCAAUGCAAAGAUGUAACCAUCAGGACCCUGUUCACAAGCAUUUGAGGGGGAACAGUCUCCACUCGGCCUUGAAAUUGCUCCUCUGGGCACAAAGCUGCACUGGGCUCGCAGGAAGCCUCCCUUAAAAACACAAACCCCCUCGGGGACACCAACCAGGGAUGGCUUCCUUGCGGGUCCUGCCACACAGAGGCCGAGCUUGGCACAUUGCUCCCUUUUAAAUGGGGUGGGGGCACACAGGACAGGUAGCUAGAGAUGCAUGUUGGUCAUUGUGGUGGUGGCACAUGGACUCGUAACACGCUCCCUCUCCUCCUGCGGCGGGCGAGGGGCAGCCGGCUGGGAAGGCUGCUGAGCCAGCUCUCCCAGGAGGGGAGGGAAACAACUCAACAUGUUUACUGUAACUAGUUUCAUCAAUUAUCCAAAUCCAUGUACAGCUAAACUUCCCACUCCUCAAAAUGUAGCCAUCCCCUAGAAGCACAGAAAUAGCCAUACUGGACUGUAACUGCACCUGACAUCUGAUCUCAGCCACGUAUGUUUUGAACUAUAAGGAAUGUUACUUUUUCUUUGUACUGACAGAUCUUGUUUUCUGACAGCACUAGUCAAGCCAGGCACAUGCAGCAGGCACAGGGCAGGGAACUGCUACACUGGAGGUGAAGGCACCACUAUGCUAAAUACGAGGCUCUGAGGGCUCCUUGUUAGGCUGCACAGUCUUCACAUGAAAACCCUGCGUGCCUAUUAGCAUCGUGCCCUAGCCAGCACUGGGAAGCUGCAGGACUCCUGAACACCAGCCCGCAAAGCAUCCUUGUCUCCGCUCCAACUGUUCCAAUGUGUGCCAAAUUUGAUAUAGGAUUUAACAACCAUAGGUUUCCUUCAAUGCCUUAAAUUGCCAGCGAUCGCUUUUGCAAGAGCCGGAGACGCCGCGCGUGGUGUGUCAGUGCCCCGGCAGGGUUAUCAGCACCAGACCUCGCUGCCCUUGCGGUGCUGCCAGAGUAGUUCCUGGAACCAGCAAAUUGUUUGCUCGCACUCUUUCCUCUUCUAUUGUAAGGCACAAGUUAAUAAUUAAAAAAAGAAAUAGUUGUGUGGAUCAAA